CGUGUACUCCACGGCACGGCACGGUGCAGAUAUGAUAAAUACACACACCUUAUGUACCUGGUAAAUCCCGUCUUGUUGCCCGUAGCCCAUUGCCAAGUUCACACUAUCCUCAUUCCGGUCGCGCCUCGCAACAUCAUCGUCAUCAGCCCAUCCAUUUAUCCAUCCAACAUUCGCUUCUCUGCCUUCCAGGCUCGAGUCAAUCAACACACUCUAGGUAAACAUGGCUGACUGCGGACUCCCAUUUCCCGUCGUCUGCAUCCAAUGCGGUCGAGGCGUUGGCCUUUGCGGUAUCAAGAUCAUCGGCCCGACUAUUGGCUUCUGUGUUGCUGUGCUAGCCGCAUUUAUCUGCUGGCCUAUUGCACUUCUGUUCUGCUGCUUCACAGAGACGGGAAAGAAGUGGUUUUGGAAACCGUGCGACAUUAAUGCGAAAGUAUCAGACGUGUUUCCUAUCUGACCAGCAAGGAAAAGCCAUAAACCUCAACGUUAUGCUACUUGUGUUUCCUUAGGUCGUGGCAGAACCGAGGCAUUCAAUUGCCUACGACUACAUACUUACGAACAUCGAUGGGAUACGGCUUCUUAAGUGAAGAUAGAAAAUAGAUAACCUAGGAGGUAUUUAAUUAAUUCAAAGCUACUCAGAAGCCACUAUUGCACAGGAUAAUUAUUCAUAACUACAAGCUAUCAGAGCCACAUAAAUUAACAGCACCACGAGCUAUGCAAUAUUAUAUACCAGAACUAUGUUUCUAGAGAGUGACACUAAUAAUGGAGCCUCCAGUAAUAUAAG